AUGUCUGAAUCAGAAGAAGCCACAACUAGCAAAAACACUUCAAACAACAAAACAGCCCAAAUUGUACAAGUCGAUCAAGACAUACAAAAUAGUUCAGAUAAUCAAAACGUACAAGACGCACAAAUGCAUUCAGAUAAUCAAGAUGAUGAUUUUCUAACACCUGAAUUGCAGGAAAUGUAUAAAAAGUUAGAUCGAAGGAUGAAGGAACGUUAUCAAAGAUGCAAAACUGAUGAAGCAAAAAUCGCUUUAUUGGAAGGAAUUAUGCAUGAGCGUAAAAAAGGAGUAAGUGUGCUUGAAAUUAUACACAUUUUCAUCGAUUAUUUUAUUUAUUUUUUUUUUACUAAACCGGAUUAG